AUGUCUGCGACCAAUACUUCUCCUACUAUUAUCCACCUUCGUGCUGAGACUAAGCCUCUCGAGCACCGUUCAGCUCUUACUCCUACAACUGCCAAGAAGCUUGUCGAUGCCGGUUUUGAAGUGUAUGUUGAGAAGUCCAAGCAAAGAAUCUUCGAUGACAAAGAAUUUUCUGAUGUUGGUAUUCCUCUCGUUGAAGAAAACUCUUGGAAGACUGCCCCUAAGGACAGAAUCAUUCUCGGUUUGAAGGAAUUAGAAGAGGAAACAUUCCCCUUGAUUCAUGAACAUAUUCAAUUUGCCCACUGUUACAAGGAUCAAGGAGGUUGGCAGGAAGUCUUGAGCCGUUUCCCCGCUGGUAAUGGUACGCUGUAUGACUUGGAAUUCCUUGAGGACGACAAUGGACGACGUGUUGCUGCUUUUGGAUACCAUGCUGGAUUUGCUGGUGCUGCCUUAGGUGUUCAGGCCUGGGCUUUCCAGCAAACUCACACUAAGGCUGCUGACGGUUCUUUGGGAAGUGUCUCACCUUAUCCCAAUGAAACUGAACUGGUCAAUGCUGUCAAGUCUGAUUUAAAGAAGACUGGUAAGGUUCCUAAGGCCCUUGUUAUUGGCGCUCUUGGUAGAUGUGGUACUGGAGCUGUUGAUCUUUUGAAGAAGAUUGGCGUUCCCGAUGAGAAUAUCCUCAAGUGGGAUAUGGCUGAGACUGCCAAGGGUGGUCCUUUCAAGGAGAUUGUUGAAGAUGUCGAUAUUUUCGUUAACUGCAUCUACCUCUCUAAGCCCAUUCCGCCAUUUGUCAACUAUGAUAGUUUGAACACUGAAGCAAGAAAGUUGCAAGUUAUUGUUGACGUCAGUGCUGAUACUACCAAUCCCCACAAUCCUAUUCCAGUAUACACUGUUGCCACUACUUUUACUGAGCCUACAGUUGAAGUUGAAGUCAAGCAAGAGCCUCGUUUGACUGUUAUUUCUAUUGAUCACUUGCCAACUCUUUUGCCUCGUGAGGCAAGUGAAGCUUUCAGCACAGCUCUCUUACCUUCUCUUUUGACAUUACCUCAAAGACAAUCGGCACCUGUAUGGACUAGGGCUAAGGCUCUUUUUGACAAGCACGUUGCUAGAUUAAAUUAA